ACGUGAGUUGGUAUUAUGUUUAUAGAGUAAUGCUUCUGUCGGGAAAACGUUCUAGGACUUGGCUUCGAGUCAUCCAACUCUAGCUGGGAGCCUGGAAAUGGCCAUAUGGACCGAGCAACGGUAAAAUGCUCUUGCUACGCAUUGCCUUCGCGUUUUUUUUUUUUUUUACGUUUCCGCUGUUCUCUUUGAAGGACAUUGGCUAACAGACGGGGUGUUUAGACCAUAUGCGGGGAGGUGUGGUUGUAGUUUAUGUUGGUAAUAAUAUGUGGUUUGGAAGUGUAAGAUAAAGCUUUAAAGGCUCUGAAUAUGAUUUCUGUACGUGGGUUUUGUGAUUUGAAUGUUUUUUCAAAUGGUGAGAAUAAGACAUCACUGAAGAGUACAUGCCAAGCAUUGCUGGAUUUAGGAUAUCGGACAGUAGCAAUAAACAGUAUCUUCAAUGGAUCUGUUUUUGACACAAAGAAGAAAAAGAAGAAGGGUGAAAUGCAAGAGAAAGGAGAUGUAGUUCCUCCUCCUGCCAAUCAAGACAUAAUAAAGGAAUUUAAAGGGAAACUGGAUAUAUAUGAACGGUUGACAGUAUCUUUUUCUACUCAGUUGCAAGCUCACAAAUUGAGCCAGUCUGUCAAUGCAAAGAUGUACAGCAUUCUGGCAGUUAUUCCCACAACUCAAGUUGCAUUUCAGUAUGCCUGCUCAGUCAUGGAUGUAGACCUCAUAACUUUUGAUCCAGAUGACAUUGGGCUUGUUAAAUGUAGCAGAAAGAUGUACAACUUGGCUGUAGAUCGAGGUCUCAGCUUUGAGAUUAUGUAUAUGCCAGCUAUUAGAGAUUCUACAGCCAGGAAAAACAUAAUUCAACUGGCUCACUUUUAUCAUGCUUUUGGAAAAUCAAAGCAUAUAGUUAUCUCCAGUGGAGCAGCUAAUCCCUUCCAUGUCAGAGGACCUUAUGAUGUGAUUAAUCUAGGUCUUCUUUUUGGUCUAAGUGAAGAGCAGUCAAAAUGUUCCAUUACUACAGCUUGUAGAUUUUUGUUAAUAAAGGCUGCUGGUCGACGUCUUGGGAAGACAAUAGUAAUAGCGAAUAAAGAUGUAAAUAUUGAUAAGGAACCUGGCAAAGAUAAUGUCAUAGAGAAUGAUGAGGUGGAUCAAGAUUUUGAAGAACCAGUACAGAAGAAGUUACGACAGGAUUGUCCAGAAAGCAGUAUAGCACCAAAUAUUGACACAUAAAGAUUGUGCAAUAUAGUUAACCAGCUCUUUAUUUGUUUUUGUUAUUGUGUGUCAAAUCACAGGAUCGAACUGAAUAUUUCUAGUUAGGAUUUUAAACUAUUGUCAUACAUUGUGUUCACUCUUAAUAGAUGUGUAAAGUUUAAUUACAAUUCUAAAAUACAACAAUUUCUUGUUGUUAAUCUGA